UGCAGAUCAUGGCGCAAACGCAGGGCUUGAUCCUGGAGCCAUGAGGUCAGACUAAUCUCUAGUCCCAGCGUUCGGCCAGGCGCGGAAUUGGUCGGGCAUCAGCCAAAGCCUUAGUCCAGGGGGACUCUAAAUUGGAGCUGCCCAUUCAGCUGCCUAUUCUUCAGUCUCUCCCUUGCUAUGCCCUAGGAUGGUGGUCUUUUCGGGUCUUCGCUUCUUUUCUCCGACUGAAAGUAUGCUGUUUUCGAAGACAUUGAAGUCUAAUGGUUGUCAUCACCAACCAUGGCCCUCAACGAUACUGGAGUGACUGCACCGCCGGCCGGUGUCACCCCCGACUUCACGCAUCCGGCCCAAUAUCUACACACAACAAACCGCGUGGUGGUGAUUGUGGGAAUUGCUGUCAGUUCGGUGUGCCUCCUGGUGCGAAUCUACAGCCGGGUGAUGGUGGUGAGGAAAUGGAUGCUGGAUGACAACGGAUACACGCAUGCCGGGCUUGGAAUCCACGCGUGGGACCUCACAAUUGAGGAAUACAAUAGAUCGCUGAAGGCCUUAAUGGCCGGCGCGGUCAUGUAUAUCCCAGCUCUCGGACUGUCCAAGAUCGGCCUCAUCAUCCUCUAUUAUCGCCUGUCGGAUAUGCAACGCAGUUGGCGGAUCAUCCUCUGGAGCUUCACAAUGUUCGUGAUUACCUAUAUGAUCGUUCUCGAAUGUCUGUUUCUGUUCGGUUGCAACCCCAUCCCGAAAGCAUGGGACGUGACCGUCGAGGGCCAGUGUAUCAGCCGGGCCUCGGUGUUCCUUGCUGGAACGUGCGCCAGUAUCACCAUCGAUAUUGUCCUUGUGGUCACGCCUCUGCCGGUGGUGGUAGGAUUGAACAUGGUCCGCAAGAAGCGCGUCGGGGUGGCCUGCAUGUUCGGACUCGGUGGAUUAUCGUUGAUCACCAGUUGCAUACGACUGGCUUCGGUGGUGCCAAUGCUACAUACCAACGACGAAUCCUAUCAGUUGGGGUCUAUUGUGCUAUGGAUCAACGUCGAAGCCACUAUAAUCAUUGUGACUGCCUGUGUCCCGUCCUUCCGGCAGGUGUUCUUAGGCUCGUGGGGCAGCAGUGGAAGUCGAGAGCGAGCGCUGAGCAGUUUUAGUCUUCGAAGCGGUCCGCGGCGACAUCAGGGCUUCACCAAUCUCACCGUCGAUCUGGACCCUGAUCCGCCGGAUUCAGUGGAGCAUGUUGCCCCCGGAAAAGCCGGUCAGGACCCCAGGCCUUGA